AUGACAGCAACUCUAACGCAUUCCAAUAUAACAUCACAAGUGAAAAGCACAUCUUCGUUUGCACCGAGCACAAGUACGGAAGAUCGCUUCACCGUGAAGUUGCACAAGCUCCUUGAAGACGCCGAGACACAGGGUUUCCAAGACAUCAUCGCUUGGAAUCGAGAUGGGCGGUCUUUUACAAUCUACAAGCCAGUAGUGUUUGCCGAAACCAUAAUGAGAAAGUAUUUCCGACAAUCAAAGUACAAGUCCUUCCAAAGGCAAAUGAAUCUAUACGGCUUUCAUCGAGGAUCACGAAAUGGAAUACGUGGUGUCUACUCCAAUCCCAUGUUCAUCCGAGACGAUCGUGAGCUGAGCGAGCAGAUGAGGAGGAAGGCCAAGGGAGUUUCGAAAGAAGUUUCGAAAGGAGGCCCAAGCUCGCCUUAUAUGACAGGCAUUUUCCACCCUCAGAUGUUCAUGCAAACGGUAUCUCCCAUUGGCAAUAUAAAUUUACAGCUUGCUACACUACUUCAGCCGGUUCCAAUAAACAUAAAUGCGAUGCGGUGCUACAGCAGCAAAAGCAGCCAGGACGAUGACGAAGAGAGUAUGGGGACGAUAGAAGGCCAAAUUUUGGACGAAGAGGACUACAUACUUUAG